GCAAACUGUUCAUGAAAUGAUAGGAUCUGCACUGAAAAGUUCUGGAUACAAUUAACAUUAUUGCACUCGUUAGGGUUUAAACAGUACGCAAGAUCGCGACUAUACUUUUUCCGUCUUGGUUUUAAAUUUUACUUUCCCCUUUCAAAGUCUCACGAGACCCAGAGUAUGUGAGAAUUUGGGCAUGUUCGUAAAUAAUACUAGUUCUGAAACUUUUGUCAUGAUUGAUUCACCCGAUUUUAUCAAUGGUGCACUAUCAUUGUGAGCUAAAUUCAAAAGUUCAUUUUUCCUGUAUCCAGAUGUUUUUACACACCUUUCAUUUAAAAAUGUUUUUAAUUGCGGAAAGCACAUGGAUGUUAAAUCGUCUUCUGAUCCCAUGUUUUGAAUAAACAAAAAAUGCCCAAGAUCGACAUGCUUAUCCGGACUUCUUUACAAGAGAGUUCCGCUAGCUGGGUAUUUACGAUCUUGCGUAUUGCUCACAAGUUUGCAACCCAACUCUGCCAAUAUUUACCUAUAAGUUCAGUAACUGUAUUGUAACCAUUUGUUCACAAAAUAUCAAGAAUUUAGAACAUAGAUUCAAUUCAAUUCGGAUAUUCCAAAAAAUAUUUCAUUUAUUAAUAAACAAAAUUAGACAUUUUUCUUAAUGAGAGAAAAAGCAUUAAAAUAUGAUUUGGAUAGGCUGCGAAAUGAAUGAUUCAACCAUUCAAAUUAUUCUGUCAUUAGCAUCUCUGCUGGCAGUGAUUUUUCCCACCAUGAAUUAGCUGUUUGAAGAUUUUAAUUUUAGGAAAUUUACUCUUUAUGGAUAUGAGUUACCUAGGUGAAACAAUACUUCAGUGACUUUGGGAACCUGUAUUUUUAGGCUUUGCUUUAAAUAUUUGAACAAGAAGGUAUUUUGUAAGUCAAUUAAUUGUCUGUUUUACAAAGAAAAUGAAACAAAACCAAAAAAUCAUUCAUGCAAGCUUCUCUAUAACAAAGAAUUUUCAAUACCUAUUAGCACUGAUCUAGACAAUUGCUUCCUUGUUGCACGCUUGUUCAUGCCUGACGCUACAGUAAUUGAAUGUAUUCAUAGGAAAUAAUAGCUGGACAAAAAAGUGUUAAAUUUUCAUUCAGUCUUGGUGCUACUGCUAUAUAGCUACAGUGAUUUUUUAAGGCCCAUUUUGGGUCUGAAUUUCGGCCCUUUCCCCUCCUAAAAAUUGUCAAUUUUUCCCCAAUUUAGCUUGCAUUUUCCCCAAUAAUAAAAUUAUGAAAGAAAAAGGUAUUUGAAAUAUAUAAACAUUCGGUGUUAAUUAUAUACAUACCACUUAACAAAGAGUUAUGGAAAUUAUGAUUUGGAUCUAGAAUAUUUUAAAAGGUUAAAGAAAAUUAGAUGUGUAAAAUAAAGAUAAUAUAAUGUUUGAUAUGAUUUUAAAUCUUAUUUAUAUGAUAAAAUUGAUUUUUCCUAAUUUGACUGAAAUGUUGACAAUUUUUCACAAUUUGAAAGCCACAGGACCCUUGUAAAAGAUGUAGAAAAAUCACUGAGCUAAGAUUUUGAUUAGACUAUAUCAAAUUCACUCAAGAGUCUUUAGUUUCUAUGCUUUGGUUUUAGGCAGAUGAGGUUUGGUGCUUUAAAAGUUAAUAUUAAAUUUCAUUUAAGCAUUAAUUUAAAAAUGUAUAAUCAUAGAUAAGUGUGUGAUAAACCGAUAUGAAAAUGAAACAAAUGGUGCUUUAGAGGUAAUAAAUAUGAGAACCAGUUUACGAGUAAGCUUACUCCUGUAUGGGUGAUGUAAAUGUUUUUGAGAGUGUAAGCAUUGAAGGGCGUGUAUCACAUGGGACAUUUAACUUUGGUACCUGUACUUGACCAUCACCAGUAGUAGUAUACAGGGUAAAUCUGACGCGGCUUCACGCACCUUGCUCCAAAUAAACACAGGCGUGUCAUUAAAUGCCCAGCCUUCCAAUGACUGUUUUUUGUGAGCUUAUUUAUAGAAAUGGGGUUGAAAUACAAGGGCAAUUAUAAUUGAAUUGUUUAAUACUUGUACAUGUAAGUUUUCAAACUUGUCACGUACAAUGUAUGUAUAUAAAGGGUUAUUUCAUGGUGUAAAUGGAAUGGCUGCAAUUCAGUCAUGUGAAUUAUCAUGCAUUUGGUAAAGCAUUUCAAAUAUUUGAAGUAUUUGACCACUGAAGUUGUUCAUCAGGAACGGUUGAUUCUCUCCUUCAGUGUACAUUUACUGCAGAAGAAAUUCUCUCCCGCAGUGUACAUUUACUGCAGAAGAGGACAGCUUUAGCAGAUAUUUUCAUUUUUAUAUAGUUACUUGCAUCCCAAAAAUCAUGCCCUCUACAUGGUACAGUUAUAAUUAGGAAGAUAUCUGAUACAUAGUGACAUGCUAAGGAUUACAUAUAUAUAAACUCAGUGGUUGGUUUGAUGAUAAAGAUGAAUGGAAUAUAGUAACUGAUAUGAAUGCUCCAGAUGUAUAUGUGUAGAGAUAGAGAGUGACACCGUAAAUUUGACCUAGAAUUUACUAUGAUAAUUUUGUGGUCAUGCUUUCUUGGUUUUAUUGUUAAAUUUUAUGUAUCACAAACUAAAGUCCAUUUAUGGGAUGAGCGAAGAAAUGUGCAGUUCCCAGCGAUAAAGAAGUGCCCAUGUAAAACUAUUUUUGUACUACAAAUGUUAUUGUAAGCUGAUUAUGUCAGGCAGUGGUUUGGUGUAACUUUUAAACACUGGAGUAAAUUGUGAAUAGUUUGUCUGUGUUGUUGAUCUGUUUGAUGAGCUGAUACCCACAGUGUUGUGGAGAUGUCACUGAAUGAAGACCUAGUACAACCCACUAAUGAUAGUUUCUGGGAGAUUGGCAAGUACAGUCGUACUGUCAAACGUAUAGACAAUGGUAAAGCCCUGUGUGACAGUCUGAGACAGCUAAUACAACAAAGAAGUGAAAUAGAAACAUCAUAUGCCAAAAACCUCACAAAUUGGUCCAAAAAGUGGAAUGAUUUUCUUGACAGAGGUAAUGAGUAUGGUACAAUACAGGCUGGCUGGAGGGGGAUGCUUCAGGAGGCUGAUAGCCUCGCAGAUUUACAUAGCUUAGUAGCAGAAAACUUAAUGACAAAAGACUAUGCCAGCAUUAAAGCCUGGCAGAAAGAAAACUACCAUAAAUCCAUGAUGCAUUUUAAAGAAACAAAGGAGCUCGAUGAGGGCUUCAAAAAGGCACAGAAACCAUGGGAGAAAAAAUACACAAAAGUUAUGCAAGCUAAGAAAGAUUAUCAUUCUGCAUGUCGAGCAGAGAAAAGCACAGCAAACCAAGAAAACAAUGCAAGGGGAGACUCUGCAGUGUCUCCUGAUCAGUUAAAGAAAAUCCAGGAAAAAUUACGGAAAUGCCAGCUGGAUGUUGAAAGCACCAGAGAUAAAUAUGAAGCAUCAUUAAAUGACCUCAACAGUUAUAAUGCUAAAUACAUUGAGGAUAUGAAUGAGGUGUUUCAAAAAUGCCAAGACUUUGAGAGUACUAGAAUAGAGUUCUUUAAGAAAACGAUGUUUGAGAUCCACCAACACCUUGAUAUGUCUGUUGAGCCACGGUUCUCACAAGUUUACAGCAAUCUACACAGCACCGUGGGACAGAUAGACUCUGACAAAGAUCUGAGGUGGUGGUCAACCAAUCAUGGAGCAGACAUGCCUAUGAACUGGCCUAAUUUUGAGGAAUAUUCUCCAGAAUUACAGAAUAUUUCUAAGAAAAAAGAUUCACAGCUUGGUGGAAAUGAUGGCAUUACUAUCACCAGUAUUCGUCACAAGCCUGAUGGCUUUGUUCAGCAGUCUGAGUCUUAUAAUUCCCAGAGACAGACUCCUACAGAAUUACAAAGAUCCUCAUCAGGUUCGAAUCAUCAACCACCACCACCACAGCAGCAGCAACAACAACAACAACAAUCCUCUACACUUAGUGUCCAGUCACCUUUGACCUCAGUCUGGAGAAUAGUAGCCUUUACUGUAAGAACUCUUCAUGACAAUUUUACCAGGAAAAUUUCAUUUGACGGAUUCUCCUUACGAAAGAAGUCAAAAGAUAAGUCUUCCAAAAGAAAAACAAUGUUAGAACAGACAAAAAACCCUAAAGAGGAGGAAGUGCAGAGAAAUUCUGAUCCGUCCAGAGUGCAACAACCCCCUGAUUCUGCCCGCCUAGCUCAAAUGGACACAGAUGUCUCACAAGCCGACAUAGUUCGACAGCAACCAGGGGGAGAGAACUAUGUCAGAUCGCCAUCAUAUGACGAAUCACUCAAUCCAUUUGGUGACGAUGACGAUGGUGAUGAAGCCAAUGUAACGGCUGAAUCUCAUGUAUAUCAAGCCAUAGACGAAGCACGGGAUGGAAACAAUAAGGAGUCGGAGAAUAAGGUCGAGGCAGCUGUAGAGGAGGAGGAAACGAACCCCUUCGCUGAUGAUGUGGACGAGCCUCCCUCCCCCUCUCCAGAGGAUUCUCCCCGUCAGGUCAAUGGAAAAGAGGGCGUUCCUGUGAGGGCACUCUAUGAUUACGUUGUAACUGAGGAGGAUGAAUUACCUCUAAAGGCUGGUGAUGUUUUUGUCAAGUUAUCAGAGGAGGAUGAGUUGGGCUGGUGUAAGGGUUACAAGGAUGGCCGGGAAGGAUUAUACCCUGCUAAUUAUGUAGAAGCAGUGUAGAUCUCCAAAAUAUCAACACCCCACCAGCAUUUUGCAACAGAGGACAUAAUUCUACCUACUGGUCAAGCACCCAGAAAACCAUGAUCAAACUUUGUCAUACAAAGCGUUGGAAUGGAUUGCGAUGUGGCGGCUACAGCUUGUUAAUACAUGUAUAAUGAUAUUACACUUGUUAUUACUGUUACUUAAUGGUUAUUAGUACAUUGUUUGUGUAUGGUUGUCUGUGGACAUUAGGUUGUUUUCAUCUGUAGACAAAUACUGUUAUAAUCAGAUUCUUCUGUAAGUUUUAUCUCUCUCAAUUCACUGUUUUGUGCACUAUGUGCUAGAACUACAGGGAUGUUGUACAGAGAAGUUUGUUAACAUGCGAGACCCUCCAGACAAAAUGCUAUAAACUACAAAAUAUGCUUAGUGUGAUAUAUAUCUCUUGCCGUCAUUUUAAAUCAAAACAUCUUUUCAAGUAGACAGAUGUGUUCUUUUUUCUGGCUUCAGGAUUGAUCUAUUAAGAUGCACUCCAUACUUUCAGUUUUGAUUUAAGUUUAUCAGAAUUUAUAUAUAUUCAGAAUGGACAUUUCAGUGCAAGUUUCAUAUGUAGGACUAGAAAUCUACCUCAGGACGCACAUCUACAUAUAAAAUAAACCGUCACUCUGGCUGUUUUAUCCUACUUCUGAUCUUUAGUAGUGCUACGCAUGCAAAAUGUAUUUAUUAACUUUUUCAACAUAUAAAUCCAUUUUUAGGUUAGGUCAUGUGGUAAUUAAUUUAAAAGCUGUGUUUUAUUUAGAAUGAGCUUCCAUUUUUGUGAUCAUGUCAUUUUGUGAUCUCGCAGUCUAUGCUUUGUUGUACAUUCCGCACUUCCGAUUGUGAUUCUAGAAACACAAAAAUCUGCUCAUCUUCUGCUAGUAGUUUUCAGAAUAUACAAGAAAAUUAACACAAUGAAUUGGAUGUUUGUGAAGAUAAUCGCACUUGUCUUUUCUUUACCAAAAUAUUUUCUUGUCAGAAUUUUUUUUAUACUUUAUAACAUUCGUUGUUUCUUGCAUGUUACCAAUAUUUUUUUUUAAAUAUUUCGAUUUAUGUUGUUGAGAUUACAUGUCAGUAUCACUGCUGCUGCGAUUUCAUUUAAGCAGUUGGUAUAUAGGAGUGUUCUGCAAUGAUCCAGUAAAUCUUUGGAAAUUACCAAGUCUUAUCUACCCCUCUUGUAUUCAUUCAUGUUUUGACUGAAGUUUCUAUUGAGCACUGUUAUUGAUAUAAUGAACAAAUUGCUGAAAAUCUCUUGUGAUGUGACAAGUCCCUAUUUAGCCAUGUCUCUAUAGAUUUUGUUUUCUGAGCAGAUAAGAUUCCAUGUGUUUCUUGAGAGUUUCCAUGUUAAUUACUCGAUCCAUUUUAUGAUGUGUAGGAUAACCUGUGCCAGUGCUAGAUAUCAUAUAUGCAAAUUUGUAUAGGAUGUAUAGUGUUAUUGUGUAAUAUAACUGUACAGUUAGAGCAGUCUCACAGUUGUCUCCCAUCUGUGGCAAUUUUUGUUAGUUUAUUCAGGAGAUGUUCCUUUGUGAUAAACCCUUUGUUAAAUAUGCAUUCUUUAGGAAGAUUUAUGAUGAAGGUAUAAUACAUGCAACAACAUCAUAAAUUUGUGAAAAUUACUGCACUAAUGAUCUGAUUUCCUGUACAUGUACAUGUUUUCUUGGGAAAGCAUGCUGAAUUUAGAACUUAAAUAAAAGGUUUUUGUUUCUACCCAUCUUUUCAUAUCAAACCAAAAAAAAAAAAACAACCCAACACAUUUUACUGUAUUCUGCUUUAACAGUAUUGAAGAGUGUUUAUAUAUUUCAAAUAUUAUGAAUUGUGUACAAGGUAUAAUGUAUCCAAAGUGUAGCUGGGAAAACUGACAGUUAUUUAUUACUGAAAAAAUAUUUGCAAUAAAGAAGAUCUAACAGUUAA